GUGGGGAAACAUCGACGGUAUUCUUUGCCUUGUUUGCACGAGAACAGGACAAGAUCAUCAGAACAGGACCAGAUAAAUAAGAUCAAUGGUCAAGGCGUCAAGCCAAUUAUACUCCACAACUCACAGUCAUGGCGACAGGGAAGUCUGCAACAAACCCUUGCUUCGUUCUCUUCUUGUUCCUCCUCCUCUCCUUUCUCCCCGAGCUGUCUUCAACUUCUAUCUUUCCUGAGGAAGCUCUCCCCACCAAAUCCGGCUACCUCUCCAUCAAUCCCUCCUCCAGUUCUGCCAUUUUCUACACUUUUUAUGAAGCUCAGAACCCCAUCUCACCACUCACUGAAACCCCAAUUCUGAUUUGGCUCCAGGGUGGCCCUGGAUGCUCCUCCAUGAUUGGCAACUUCUUCGAGCUCGGCCCUUGGCGUGUCGUUUCUUCUCACAGUCAAAACGUCGAACACUUGUCGGUCGAACCCAAUUCUGGUUCUUGGAACCGCAUAUUCGGCCUUCUGUUUCUUGAUAGCCCAAUAGGAACUGGGUUUAGCAUUGCUUCAACGCCUCAAGAAAUUCCAAGAGACCAAUACGCGGUUGCUGCACAUCUGUUUGCGGCGAUCAAGGGGUUUAUCUCACUAGACCCUUUGUUUAAGAAUCGCCCCAUUUAUAUCUCGGGGGAGAGCUAUGCCGGAAAGUAUGUUCCAGCAAUUGGGUAUUAUAUCUUGAAGAAAAAUCCACAGCUGCCAGAGUCAGAACGAGUGAAUUUGAGGGGUGUUGCUAUUGGCGACGGGUUAACUGACCCUGUGAUUCAGGUAGCUACUCAUGCUGUGAAUGCUUAUUUUUCUGGUUUGAUAAAUGAGAGGCAAAAGAAAGAACUAGAAAAAGCACAAUGGGAGGCAGUCAAUUUAGUGCAAAUGGGGAAUUGGAGUGAGGCAACCCAUGCUAGAACCAGGGUAUUGAAUUUGCUGCGGAACAUGACAGGUUUAGCUACUCUGUAUGACUACACAAAGCAGGUGCCUUACCAGACAGGUCCGGCAAUCAAAUUCUUGAACAUUGGAGAGGUGAAAAAAGCACUAGGGGUGAAUGAGUCGAUGGUUUUUGAGGAAUGCAGUGAUACAGUAGAGGCUGCAUUACAUGAAGAUGUCAUGAAAAGUGUUAAAGACAAGGUGGAGUUUCUUGUGAAGAAUAGCAAGGUGUUGUUGUACCAGGGGCAGUAUGAUCUGAGGGAUGGUGUGGUAUCGAGUGUGGCAUGGAUGAAGACUAUGAACUGGGAGGGAACUGGGGAGUUCUUAAUGGCUGACAGGAAGGUAUGGAGGGUGAAUGGAGAGCUUGCUGGGUAUGUGCAGAAAUGGGGGAGUUUGAGCCAUGUUGUAGUGAUGGGGGCUGGGCAUCUCUUGCCUGCUGAUCAGCCAUUGAAUUCUCAGAUUAUGAUUGAGAAUUGGGUUUUGGACAGGGAGCUGUUUGCUGGUAAGGAGAAUGAGGUAAAUAUGUUAUCAAAUUUCAGGGGGUCACUCUGAAACCAGUUCAGUACUAGCAAGUUCUCAAAUCAACUAUGUAGUCUACUUUAUUUGAAUAAAUUCCCCUGCUUUAUUUGAGAAGAUUUCUCUCCAGCUGUGUUCAUUGCACACCAUAUUCCAUGCAAUUGUUUGCCUGUCCCUAAAAUUUCAGUC